GCAACCAGAGGUCUCCUGGCAGCCAACAUGAAGGUCUUAGUCUCGCUCUGCGUCUUUGUGCCCCUGCUGGCACUGGCCACAGCAGAGGAGGAAGCCGUUCUGGAAUCCAUCCUGAGAGACAGAUCUCACAUCGAGGAAACUCUGAGGCUCGCAGCAGAUGAGAAAGCAGGAGAUUAUGCUGCUGCUUUGCAGAGGCUGAGGAAGAUCUACCACAACUCCAUCAGGCCCAUGGAGCAAGCCUACAAGUACAAUGAGCUGAGACAGCAUGAGAUCUCAGAUGGAGAAAUCACCUCCAAACCCAUGGUGCUGUUCCUUGGACCCUGGAGCGUGGGCAAGUCCUCCAUGGUCAACUAUCUGUUGGGUUUGCAGGACACUCCUUACCAGCUGUACACGGGUGCUGAGCCCACUACCUCAGAGUUUACCGUCAUCAUGCACGGCGAGAAGAUCCGCACCGUGGAGGGCAUCGUCAUGGCUGCCGACAGCUCUCGCUCCUUCUCCCCACUGGAGAAGUUCGGCCAGAACUUUUUGGAGAAGCUGGUUGGCAUCGAGAUGCCCCACAAGCUUCUGGAGCGGGUCACAUUCGUGGACACGCCUGGAAUCAUUGAGAACCGCAAACAGCAGGAGAGAGGUUACCCAUUCAACGAUGUGUGCCAGUGGUUUAUCGAUCGCGCGGACCUCAUUUUCGUGGUUUUUGAUCCCACCAAGCUGGACGUCGGUCUCGAGUUGGAGAUGCUCUUCCGACAGCUGAAAGGUCGGGAGUCUCAGAUCCGUAUCAUCCUCAAUAAGGCCGACAGCUUGGCAACCCAGGACCUCAUGCGCGUCUAUGGGGCCCUCUUCUGGAGCCUGGCGCCCCUCAUUAAUGUGACAGAGCCCCCGCGCGUCUACGUCAGCUCCUUCUGGCCCUACGACUACGCGCCAGACACCAGCCGCGACCUCUUCAAACGUGAGGAAAUAUCCCUGCUUGAAGACCUGAACCAAGUGAUUGAGAACCGUCUGGAGAACAAAAUCGCCUUCAUACGCCAGCACGGCAUCCGCGUUCGCAUUCACGCUCUCCUGGUGGACCGCUACGUGCAGACCUUCAAGGAGAAGAUGAGCUUCUUCAGCGACCCUGAACUGGUCUUCAAGGAGAUCGUGGACGAUCCCGAUAAGUUCUACAUUUUCAAGUCCAUCCUGGCCAAAACCAACGUCAGUAAGUUUGACCUGCCCAACCGAGACGCUUACCGCGACUUCUUCGGGAUUAACCCGGUGAGCAGCUUCAAGCAGCUGUCGGCUCAAUGCUCCUACAUGGGCGGUUGUCUACUGGAGAAGAUCGAGCGCGCCAUCACCCACGAACUGCCCUCUCUGCUUGGCAGCAUCAACUCCGGCAAGAACCCGACCCUGUCCUCCUGCGAGGCCACCGGCUGCGGGGAAAAGCCCAAGAACCGCUACCGGCGAAACUGAGAGAAGAAAAUCAGGUGGGAGGGAGACCGAGGAGGAGGACGAGAGAAAGAAAGGAGGAACGGUGGAGCGAACAAACCGAGGAGGAGCAGUGGAGCUAAUCCUGUUCCUGCCGCAGGUCCGUUUUGAGUCAAUGGAGACGGAUCUCACGGGACUUUUUUUUUGCGUGAAGAGGUUCUUGUGAAGUCUUGAGGCGGAGUUUAUUGUGAAUGCGAGGAGAGCGCGUCAAAAUAACUCUCUUCUCUUUCCGCGCUACUUUUAUAAACUGUCUGCAGUUUUGAAGGGGAAAAAUGUGUACGCAUGGAAAAACUAAAAUGGCUGAGACACCCUUAAAAAAUGUAAAAAAUAGCAAAAAUAAAAUAUCCUGAGACUGAAAAUGGAUAUCAGCUGCCUUGAAUGUGAACAGUGAUGCAAUUGUCAUGUUUUAAACUUACUGAAUCAGUUCCCCAGUUGUGCGUUUUUCCGCUGUCUUUUGGGUUGAUUUGUUCACUUUUAUAGGUUAAUAGUAACUAUGGAUGAUUAUUUCUCUCUUCAGACUGAUAAGCUACUAGCAUGUUAUGAUACAUAUGGGUUUGGUUUUUUCACAUUUCCACUUUGUAUACCACAAUAAAAAAACGAUCUACACUCUUAAAAAUAAAGGCUCUGAAAGGAGGUUUUCACAGCAAUGUGAUCUAUUUGGGGUUCUCUAAAGAACCUUCAAAGGAAUAGUUCACCCAAUAAUGAAAAUUUGUAAGAUUUGAAAAUAUGUAGAUGAGUUUUUCUUCAUCGGAACAGAUUUGGAGAAAUUGAGCAUUAUAUCAGUGAAUGGGUGCCGUCAGAAGGAGAGUUCAAACAGCUGAUAAAACAUCACAAUAAUUCACAAGUAAUCCACACCACUCCAGUCCAUCAGUUAAUGUUGAAAGCUGUGUGUUUGUAAGAAACAAAUAUGUUAUAUAGACAUUUUAACUUUAAACCGUUGUUUCUGGCCAAAAUACGAGUCCAUAAUAACACUUCCUCCAGUGAAAAAGUCCAUCCUUAAUGUCUUCUCAAAUCAAAAUGAACUGAUAUGUUUGUUUAGAACUGUUUUGUCUUGCAAAUGGUGCUUGAUCUGUGAAUAUUUCUCUCCUGAUUCAGACAAGGGAACUUUUUCACUGGAGAAAGCAUUAUUAUGGAUAGAGGACUCAUAUUUUAACCAAGCAAUGGUUUAAAGCAGGGGUGUCAAACCCUGCUCCAACACACAAACCAUGCAGUUAUCAAACCUAAACCUAAAUGACUUAGCUGGAUCAGGUGUGUUUAAUUAGGGUUGCAUCUAAACUCUGCAGGGCUCCGGCCCUCCAGGAACUGAGUUUGACACCCCUGGUUUAAAGUUAAAAAUGUAUUAAUGAUGUAUUUGUUUCUUACAUACAUGCAACUUUUUGCUUUUCCAUUAACUGAUGGACUGGAGUGGUGUGGAUUAACUUGUGGAUCAUUGUGAUGUUUUUAUCAGCUGUUUGGAUUCUCAUUCUGACGGCACCCAUUCACUGCAGAGGAUCCGUUGGUGAGCAAGUGAUGUAAUGCUAAAUUUCUCCAAAUCUGUUCUAAUGAAAAAAACC